AUGUCCUCUAAAGCAAUCCGCAAGAAGAGUGCGGCCAUGAAGGGGCAUCAGGAUGGCUUGGGCGAAACUGCCGCAGGUCGCCAGGUGAACCUCAACAUCUCCCAGGAUUUGGCUACCAGCGGCAAACCUACCAGUGCUCCUGCCAAAGAGAAGGCUCCUGAGACAGCUACCGAGAAGACCCCUGCAGCUGCUGAGAAAGCUUCUACUUCACUUUCUAGCCAACCGGAUCAGCGCCGUCCGCCAGAGUUGUACAAUUACUCCAACUACGGCGAUCUCCCUGAGGACGUCGUGUUCGUCCCUGAUCUUCCCCGACCCGUCAAGAUGUCUCUCAGCACCGAGAGUGGCAGCAAGUCCGCUGCCGACGAUGAGCGCGACGCUGACGCGCGUUCCACUGACGAUACAGCCGUGUUCGUGGAUGCCCUGGAGUACCACGAGCACCCGAUCAACACCAUCAUCAACUACUUGGCUUCUAGUGCCGAGACGAUAACUAGUUAUCAGCUGUGUGCCAAGGCUCCGCGUCCCUACAACUCAGCUGAAGAGGACGCCUUGUUCCGCCCGACUACAGCCCUUAAGUACGCCAUCGCACGCUACGUUCCACAGUGGGAUGAGGAGCUCCUGGGCGCCGCUGUCCCUGAGGACGUCAACUACGAUGAUCCGCCCGAGGAGCUUGACUACAAGUUGCUUAUGGCAUCCGUCUGCACGGGUGAUAAAGCUUGUGGCGGUAUCGUCUGGCUCUACAACAAGAAGAUGUUGAACGCUGUGAACAUCCAUCCUCAGCACUCUUCCUACCUCAAGCUACACCACCUCGCCUGCUGCACCAUGCUAGUCAAGGUUGCGUCUUCCUUUGUCCCAGAGCAGGAGUGGCGCGCCGCGCAGCUCGGAAUCAGCGUCACGUUCUCCGAUCAGUCCAAGUUCAACAUUGCCCGCAACGUCAAACUCAAUGAGAUCUUCUACCCCCUUGUCAACGGCAAGCCGGCCGACGGUCCGCCCCCUGGCCAUCGCCCCCACGAGCUGGAGAUGAGCUACGAGGUCGGCAAGCUGUGCGCCGCAAUCUCCGCCCUCCGCAUCGUCGAGCGCCGCAUCGUCCCCCUGCGUCUUAAGAUGCUCCUCGACAGCUUCCACGGCGACCGCGCCCGUCCCGACAAGACGCUCGGAAUUCAGGAGUGUGGCCAGCUCCGCGUCAUCCUCAUGACAGACUCCAAGUAUCUGGUGAAGACGAUGUGCGAUCACAUCUCGCGCUACCACAAGCGGUUCAUCCCUGAGGAUGAUGACAAGGCGCUGAAGAGGCUUGCCGCCAUCGACAAGAAAGCCAAGAAGGAUGGCAAGGCCGUACUGGUCACCGGCAAGUGGAAGGCCGCCGCCGGCCGCGAGCCCAGCGGCGACAAUUGGGAGUAUCUCCGCGUCGACGGCAAGAGAAUUCACAACAACCUUGCCAUCACGGCUCUCGAGGCGCAGAUCGAGCUGCUGGCCAAGAUGGGCGUGCAGGUGAAGUUUCUACUGGCUCCCAAGCAGUUUGUCCGCGUGGCUCAGGGGUUUGCCGACAGAAUGGUCGAGAUCAGCCCUGAGAAAGAGGCAAAGUUGAAGCGAAAGGCGGAGAAGCUGAAGGCAAAGGCUCUCAAGGCCGAAGGUAAGUCUGGAGGCACCGACAUGGAGGCUACCAGCAGUGAUGACAACGAGGAUGACGACCAGAUUAAGGAGAGUGCUAAGGAAGGCUGGGUUUCUAUCAAUUUCAGCCCGGUCAAGGGUAGCGGAUACAAGUAA